UUGGGCUCCUGCGUGCGUCCGUCUCCAUGCCACGACUCGCUCUUUCGUUCCAUCUUGUGAACGGCGCAUUGGUGAAGCAGUACCGCGACAGUGUUUACAGUAGGCCUUCGGGGCUUACAUGUUUUCAUCUUUGUUUCUGACAGUGUUCAACUGCGAAGGGCUUGCACGGGGGCUAACGCUCUGCCUGCAGACUAAGCGGGAUCUCGCGAGAACGGUAGCGUGGCUGCUUGGCAGUAGGCUUGCAGUAAGACAGAGGGAGAAGGCAGGCAGCAUCAUGGCGGACAGAGACAGUGGAAGUGAGCAGGGAGGCGCAGCCACUGGCCCGGGUGUCGGUUCCAUGCACCCAGUGACAGGAGGGGCGGGCUCGGCUUCUGGGCUGCAGCACGAGACGCAGGAGCUCGCCUCGAAGCGGGUUGACAUCCAGAACAAACGCUUCUAUCUAGACGUAAAGCAGAACGCGAAAGGCCGCUUCUUGAAGAUAGCAGAAGUCGGGGCCGGGGGAAACAAGAGCCGCCUCACUCUCUCCAUGUCUGUCGCUGUCGAGUUCCGCGAUUAUCUGGGGGACUUCAUCGAGCACUAUGCCCAGUUAGGGCCGAGCAAUCCCGACAUAGCGCAGGAUGAGCCGCGGCGGGCGCUGAAGAGUGAGUUUCUGGUCCGGGAGAAUCGGAAGUACUACAUGGAUCUGAAGGAGAACCAGAGGGGCCGCUUUCUGAGGAUCCGGCAAACCGUCAACCGGGGGCCCGGCUUGGGAGCCACGCAAGGCCAGACCAUCGCUCUUCCAGCCCAGGGACUUAUCGAGUUUCGCGACGCUCUCGCGAAACUCAUCGACGACUACGGAGUGGAUGACGAGCCGGCGGAGCUGCCAGAGGGAACAUCGUUAACUGUGGACAACAAGCGCUUUUUCUUUGACGUGGGCUCCAAUAAGUACGGGGUGUUCAUGAGGGUAAGCGAAGUCAAGCCCACCUAUCGCAACUCUAUCACAGUGCCCUACAAAGUGUGGUCGAAAUUCGGCAGCACUUUCUGUAAAUACGCAGACGAAAUGAAAAAGAUUCAAGAGAAACAGCGGGAAAAAAGGGCAUGCGAGCUUCAACAGCAGCAGCAGCAACAAGAGGAGAUGCACGGAGACGACGGGGACGAGGAUUGAUAGUGGAGAGAAACAUGCAAAAAAUAAUCAGAAUAACCUAA